AUUCUUUUCGAAAAUAAAUAUUCAAAACCCUAAAAAACAGAGAUUGACUAUUAAGUGUUUGACUACCUUACACUUCACACUCCUCUCUGUAAUAACCACCACACCUUUCUUCUUCUCCAAACCUCUCUCUAGGGUUUUGCUCUCCUUCAAUGGCCAAUCUCUCCACAUUCCUCUCCACUCUCCUCCUCCUCCUCUUCUCUCUUCCUCUUCCCUCACUCCAAGACCUCUCCGCCGACAAAUCCGCCCUCCUCACCCUCCGCUCCGCCGUAGGCGGCCGCACAUUCCUCUGGAACACCGAACAAACCACACCAUGCAACUGGACCGGCGUCGCUUGCGACGCCACCACCAACCGUGUCACCGCCCUCCGUCUCCCCGGCUUCGCUCUCUCCGGGAACAUCCCCGAGGGUAUUUUCGGAAACUUAACUAACCUCCGCACACUCAGUCUCCGUCUCAACUCACUAACCGGCACACUUCCCUUAGAUCUCUCCUCCUGCUCCGACCUCCGCCGUCUCUACCUCCAAGGAAACAGAUUCUCCGGCGAGAUUCCACCACUCUUGUUCAGUCUAACAAACCUAGUGAGGGUAGAUCUUGGGGAGAACGAGUUCUCUGGAGAGAUCUCUUUAGGGUUUAAGAACCUCACGAGGCUCAAGAGUCUUUACUUGGAGAACAACAAGCUCUCUGGCUCUCUUCUUGAUUUGGAUUUGGGUUUGGAUCAGUUUAAUGUUUCUAAUAAUAGUUUCUUGAACGGAUCUAUACCAAAGAGUCUUCAGAAGUUUGAUUCCGAUUCCUUUCUUGGGACUUCUCUCUGUGGGAAGCCGCUUGACGUUUGUAGUGAUGAAGGGACUGUGCCGAGUCAGCCUAUUUCCGUCGGAAACAUCCCCGGAAAGAGAGAGAAGAAGAAGCUCUCCGGAGGAGUUAUAGCCGGGAUUGUGAUUGGUUGUGUGGUUGGCUUCUUGUUGAUAGUUCUUGUUUUGAUGGUUCUCUUCCGGAAGAAGGGUAGCGAGAGAACGAGAGACGUCGACUUUGCAACUUUCAAGCCUCGUGACAUCGAAGUUCCGGAGGAGAAGACGGCCGUGGAAGCAAAUGAGCAUUCCACGGUGGAAGUGAACAGCUCAGGGACGAAGAGAUUGGUCUUCUUUGGGAACGCGACGAAGGUUUUUGAAUUGGAGGAUUUGUUGAGAGCUUCUGCGGAGGUUCUUGGGAAAGGGACGUUUGGAACGGCGUAUAAGGCGGUGCUUGAUGCGGCGACGUUGGUGGCUGUGAAGAGGCUUAAGGAUGUGACGAUGGGGGAUAGAGAGUUUAAGGAGAAGAUUGAGGUUGUUGGGGCGAUGGAUCAUGAGAAUUUGGUGCCGUUGAGAGCUUAUUAUUACAGUGGAGAUGAGAAGCUGCUUGUGUUUGACUUCAUGCCUAUGGGAAGCUUGUCUGCUCUCUUACACGAAAGAUGCUAUGUUAUAGGAAACAAAGGGGCAGGACGUACUCCACUGAACUGGGAAGUCCGAGCACGUAUCGCUCUUGGAGCAGCUCGUGGACUAGACUAUCUACACUCACAAGACCCAUUGAGCUCUCACGGAAACGUCAAGUCUUCCAACAUCCUCUUAACAAACUCCCACGACGCACGAGUCUCUGAUUUCGGUUUGGCUCAGCUCGUUGGCUCCUCAACCACAACACCAAACCGGGUUACAGGUUACCGUGCCCCGGAGGUAACUGAUCCUAGUCGUGUCUCGCAGAAGGUGGAUGUGUAUAGCUUUGGUGUGGUGCUGCUAGAGCUGCUCACGGGGAAGGCGCCGACUAACUCGGUGAUGAAUGAGGAAGGGAUGGAUUUGGCGAGGUGGGUGCAUUCGGUGGAGAGGGAAGAGUGGAGGAGUGAGGUUUUUGACUCGGAGCUGAUGAGUUUGGAGCCGGUGGGCUCGGUGGAAGGGGAGAUGGUGGAAAUGCUGCAGCUGGGGAUUGAGUGUACGGAGCAGCACCCUGACAAGAGGCCAGUGAUGGUGGAAGUGGUAAGGAGGAUCCAGGAGUUACGCCAGUUGGGUUCGGAUCGGGUGGGCUAG